CACGCCCGACGUACGAAGUACGCGCGUCGCGAUCGGAUUUAAAAAAGGAAUUUCGGAAAAAAAAUCGAAAUUAAUACGAAUAAUAUUGUUUCUUAAUUUGAAUUUUGCAUGGACGCUGGACAGUGGUCGGACCUUUAAUUUUACGCCCGGAAUACUUCAAUUUUCUUCUUUGGACAGUCCCUUACAGCAAAAAUGUCUAAAUUAAAAUAACGUUUCAAUCUUCAAAACACCAGAAGAGUGCAAAACGAUGCUGUUUUCACAUUAACGUCGACACAAUCCUUCUCAUAUGCACAGAGAAACAUACAACGUGUUCAGAGAUUCACUAAAAUUACGCCAAAAAUUACUCCAAAGAACUACCACGUACUUUAAAGUAGUCGAAUUCGUUAAAAAAGACGCAAUACGAUAUUUCACAUACGAUUACGAAAUACAUCAAUAGCGUAUUAUGAACAUAUUCAUAGGGAAUCAUUCUAAUAAUCUUGUUAAACUUAAACAUUAAAAAGACAAUAAAUAUAAAAAAUAAAAUUCGUCGAAGUGUCGAAGUAUAAAUCAAUUACUUAAUAAUAAUAAUUUUAAGUAGAAGAAAUUUGAAUUGAUUCUUAAUUUAAAACUAAAUAAAUAAAAAGUUAACUACUAAAUCAAUAGCAUAGAUAAAAAAAGAACGAUUUGACAGUUAAAAUGGCGGGAAAGGCUGAAGCGAUUGGACCGAGAAACGGUCAUGAGUUGGCGCCUUUGAAUGCGCGCGCUGAUGGCAGCGAGCGACCUCAUGGAGUAACCAUCGUACUCCAGGGCUCAAGGGGCUCUCUGCAAAGAGAGGCUCCUGAUGAAGAUCGCGCGGCAUGGUCAGGCAAACUGCAGUUCUUCCUAUCCAUCAUCGGGUACUCCGUCGGACUUGGAAAUAUUUGGCGGUUUCCGUACCUGUGCCAGCAGAAUGGAGGAGGAGCGUUCCUCAUCCCGUUCCUUAUCAUGUUGGUGCUGGAAGGGAUUCCUCUCUUCUUGAUAGAGAUGGCUAUAGGCCAGAAGAUGCGGCUUGGCUCCCUUGGCGUGUGGAACACCAUACAUCCGUGGCUCGGCGGCAUUGGCAUCUCCAGCUGCAUGGUGACGCUCUUUGUAGCCUUGUAUUACAACGUCAUCAUCACUUGGGUGUUCUUUUAUCUAUUCAACAGUAUUCGGCUUUCGGCCGACACUCUACCCUGGGCCCAUUGCCCAGCGGAUAACGGCACUCGCGAAGCAGAAUGCAACAAAGCUUCUUCAACCGUCUACUUCUGGUACCGCGAGGCCUUGGACGCGUCGCCUUCCAUUGAAGACCCAGGAGUACCGAGGUGGUGGAUCGUUCUGUACCUCCUUCUGGCUUGGAUCAUCGUGUUCUUUAUUGUGAUGAAGGGCAUCCAGAGCAGUGGAAAGGUGGUCUACUUCACAUCUCUCUUCCCGUACAUCGUGCUAACCAUCUUUUUCGUCAGAGGCGUGACCCUGCCCGGGUCUGCUGACGGCAUUAUCCAUAUGUAUAAACCGAAGCUGGAAAAGCUGCUAGACCCAACAGUCUGGUUGGAUGCUGCCACACAAGUGUUCUAUUCCUUCGGUCUUGCCUUCGGUUCCCUCAUCGCCUUUGGGUCCUACAAUCCUCCGAACAACAACUGUGUGAGGGAUGUUCUCCUGGUCUCCGUGUGCAACGCCCUCACAGCCAUCUACGCUUCAGUCGUGAUCUUCAGCAUCCUUGGAUUCAAGGCGUUCACCAUGGUGGAGACUUGCAUGACCAAGGAGAUCAAGAUCCUGGCAGCUCUGAACGUAUCAGGGUUCACUCCGACCUCCUCCCACGACUACUACCGGGAGGAGUUUGGCAACCUGAACGAGAGUCUGGUAGCCAGGUACAACCUCACUGGAUGCACCAUGAGCAGGCAGUUGGAAGAGGCUGCUGAAGGCACAGGCUUGGCCUUCAUCGUGUUCACGCAAGCGAUCCUCAAGCUCACUCCAGCUCCAUUCUGGUCCAUCAUUUUCUUCAUGAUGCUCCUCUCCUUGGGACUUGGCAGUCAGAUCGGCAUCAUGGAAGGAAUGCUCUGCACCAUCUUCGAUAUUGACUUCUUCAAACGACUCAGCAAACCUGUCAUAACUGGUAUCGUGUGCACUUUCUGUUUCUUCGUGGGUCUGAUCUUCACGACCGGCGCUGGGGAGUAUUGGCUCAAGAUGUUUGACUCCUUCGCUGGUACCAUCGGCCUAGUCGUCGUCGCUCUACUUGAGAUGGUCUCUGUCAUCUACAUUUAUGGACAUGUCAGGUUCACAAACGACAUUUACGAGAUGACGGGCUACCGGCCAGGCAUCUACUGGCAGAUCACCUGGCGAUACGUUGGACCAUUCAUCGUUACCUGCAUCCUUCUGUCAUCCCUCGUCUUCAUGCUCAUCAACCCACCUACUUACGGCGCUUGGAAUGCUGAUGAGGGUCGCGUUAUAAAAACUCCAUACCCGAACUGGGUCCUUGUGAUCGCAGUGUUGAUGAUACUAGCAGGAGUUUUGCCCAUACCCGUGGUCCUUCUACUCCGUCGCUUCCAAUGUCUCCAAUUCGACGUGGACAUCCACCAGGGAUCCAUCAGGAGGAUUGAAACUACCGUUUCUACCAAGGAAAUGAUGAGCGACCAAGAUUCUUCAGACUCAGAGGACAACGUACGCACGACCGGCCGCUUCGAGGACUCGAGCAGUAGUGACGAGGAAAUUCUAAAUACAAAUAGCACAAAAGGAAACGUUCGGAGGCUAGCGAUGAAGCCCAUUGGUCGAAAGCCGACUACAUUCAAAAUGGACGUCGUCGAUGAAUGACCGUUACUUUUGAAUUUCUCAUUUCUGUUUUUAAAUAGUUUAUUCGUAACCGCCAAACCGAUUGUAUUGUUUAGGAUUAAAAUAUUUAAGUAUUGGGCGGUUUAUUUAUGAAACUUUAAAUAAUUUUGAAGAUAAUCCAUUUUACAGACAAUAUUUGAAUUAAAAAUCUCAUUUUUAUUCUAUGUAUUAUAAUAUUCAGUAUCAAUGAUUUAGUUAUAAGCGGACCCGAAUGAAAAGACUUACGAAGAUUGAAGGAAAGAAGGAGAGAUUUCUAUCCAAAGAUGGUUAACGUUAAAAAACUUAGGAAUUUAGUUAAUAAAUCACUUUUGUCAAAUUGUAAUAAUGUUAAUUAUAAGAUUGACCCCUCCAUACUUAUAAGAAUACUGAUUAAUUGGUAUUUUUAGGGGAAACAUCAAAAAUGAGGGGGGGAUAGUUGAGAGUAACUUUUACCCUCAGGAGUCCAUUUUACCCUCUGCAAAUUCGACUGAAAACCAUUCGUGGUAAUCUUCACUGCACAUGGGGUAAAAGUGACUUUUACCUAAUGGUAAAAAUUAUUCCUAAUCAUGAUCGGUAUACAUUAUUUGUAAAAUUGUUGACGAUAUUUAUCAUAAUUGUUGAAUUUUCAUGCACACAGACUUUAAAUAAUAUAACAUCAUAGCUGUCGUAGCUGUAGUUCUUAUUUCAAUAAGAUUAAGGUUUAAAAUCUCGCGUGUGAAAAUCUUAAAUAUCGUGUUUAAAGCUUAACGAGGUCGAGAUUACGGGUUCCAUUUAAUGGUAAACAGGAGAAGAAAUAAAAGAAGUUAAAUGCCAUGAACACACACAUAUUUAAACAAGCAAUUUGUUGGAAAUGGCAAACGUUAGACAAAUACCUAAAUAUAAAAGUAAAAAUUAUUAAUCGAGAUCAGAAUCAAGAUAAGUUCGUUUUUUGAAAUUAAUGCUGUUCAAAAAAUUGAUCGAGUUCGAUUGAGAUUUUAAAAUUGAAUAAUAAUUUUGUCCGCAUUAUGUGACUAAGGGCUGAUUUUUCAAUAGUCACAUAAAUGUUAUCUGAGGAAUAAAAUUGUUGCUGUCACUGUCUUACACAAACAUUCUGACGCGACAGCAUCAUAAUUGUAUAAUAGA